CAUAUAUAAAUAUUCAAUAAAAAUGUUACCUCCAAUUAAUAUUAAUAAGUGGAUAGAAAAUAACAAGCAUUUAUUACAACCACCAGUUGGAGCACAAUUAUUAUAUAAUGAACCAAAUUCAACAUUUGUUAUUAUGAUUGUAGGUGGACCAAACCAAAGAACAGACUAUCAUGUUAACCAAACUGAUGAAUUCUUUUAUCAAUUUAAAGGUGAUAUGGUAUUAAAGGUUGUCGAUAAUGGAGAGUUUAAAGAUAUUGUAAUUAGAGAAGGUGAAUCUUUUAUUUUACCAGGAAAUACACCACAUUCACCACAACGUUAUAAGGAUACAAUUGGUUUAGUUUUAGAAAAGAAACGAACACCAGAGUCAAUUGACCAACUUUUAUGGUAUUGCGACAAUUGUAAAAAACUUUUAUUCCAAAAGAGUUUUAAUGUAGACGAUUUAGAUCUAGGCAAACAAUUAACUCCAAUUAUUCAAGAGUUUUAUUCAAAUGAAAAGCUUCGUACCUGUACAUCAUGUAAUCAUAUUAGUCAAAAACCAAAAGUUAAUGAUCAUAUGAUUUAAUUUAAUUUAAAAAAGAAAUAAAAGAAAUUUUAUAGG